GUCCUUUGGUUCGGCGAUUCGGAUAGGAUCAAUUUGGCGCCGUCUGUCACUUGAUAUUAUCAUGGCAGAGCAGCAGGCUGUGGCACCCCGUGGCCACAAAGUCCUUACCGUUGUCGGGGACUCGUUCACUCCGGAAGGGCACAGAGUUGCCACAUAUAUCACUGCAAAAUUUAAGGAACGAGUUAGCGCGUCUGGUACUACAUGGAGGCAUGUAGACCAGGAGAUGAAGCUAUUUUAUUAUAAUAAAUUUGUGAAACGAUAUACAUGGGUGGACGGGCAAGAAGAUCAAUUUAAAGCUACAUGGAAUACUUAUUGUGCCAAACUCUACAGAGAUCAUAUGUAUUACAUGAGAAAGAAGGGCACUAGGCCUGCGUAUGUUUCGGAGGCGAUAUGCAGUGCAUGGACGACCGCCUGGGCUACAGAAAGGUGGCAAGCUAAUGCCGAAAAGGCAAAAGCAAAUAGGAAUACAGAGCCAGGUGGCCCGAGUACCGGAACCGCUCGGCAUACGUCAGGAUCCAGAUCUAUUGUUGAGCAUACCAUUGAUCUGGAACGUGAGCUUGCCCGACAGCCUACAUGUAUGGAGAUUUUUCUGAAGACCCACAAGAAGAAGGAUGGGUCAUUUGUUGAUUCUCGAUCUCAAACUCUACAUCAAGAAAUGACAGAACGGGUGGCUCAGGCAUCUCAGCCAUCAGCAGUGGGUGGAGAGUCACAGUCUUUAUCCACCGACGAUCUAAAUGAGAUAUAUUAUGAUGUUGUCGGUGGAAGGACAAAAAAUUCCACCCUCUACGGCCUUGGCUCUCAGGCCAAAGUGGCAUUUGAUCGUCUGAGGAAUCCAGUAGGUUGUGCUAGUUCCUCUUCUUCUGGUGAGAUGCAGUCUUUAAGACGUGAAAAUCAAGAACUGCGGUCUCAACUGAAAUCAAUGGAUCAGAGGAUGGCUGAUAUGGAUCAGUGGAGAGCUGAUGAGGAGAAGAAGAGAGCUGAACGUGACAAGAGUAAUGAAGAUCUCAUGGCCCAAAUGCGGGCAAUCGUGGCUUCUUUCACCCAAGCAUCACAGGGAUCUGAGUCACAGGAGACUCAAGAUCCAUCAGAUGGUGGUCGUUAGCUUUUUGAGGAGUCACGUUCAGUCAUAUAUACAUAUUGGCUCUUCACUACAUCAUUUGCUCACUUUUUGUUCAGGAUUUUCUCUAUGAUUUCCCGUUCUUGUAUUAUUGGGACUACAUUUUAGUUCGGUAUGUGUUAUGUAAACUUGAUUUUAGAUAUGGAUAUGUGAAGAAUAUAUAUUCUGUA